AUGAUGAUUAUCCUGGUUCGUGUGAAGAGUCGAUCUGUUGACUUCUGCAAUCCCCUAUUCAUGCUGACCUGGCCAGUCGUCUCCACCCCCGUAAUUUGCAGAGUCCAGCUCUCGAUGCACCUUACGAGAAGCUUCAAAGCUGACUUCUUUCGGGAAACCUUUGCGACCCGGGAAAAGGCCGCGGAAUAAAUGGCUUCCCUUCCUGUGGAAUUCGUCGACGAGAGGACCGGUAGAAAGGUUGAGGCGUCUCUGAAUAAAAGAUUUUGAGCAGAACUUAAUUGACUCCGGGGUGUCUUUGACCCGUCACAUCGAAGGGCCAGCUUGGAAACUGGAAUACCUCCGAUUUUGAGAUCCACCGGAGACAGAAACACCACUGCUUGAGCUUUGUUCUCUGGUUUUCAAUUGUUCGAUCGUUCUCGCUGAUAUUAAACCGGGUUUCUCUGUAGCAUGUGGGUGCUUCUUUGUAGCUUGCUCCCGCGGCUUGGCCAGGCACUGCUUUUGAAAUUCCUGCCGGGUGUAUGCGCAUCAUCGCCCACUUCCUAAACCCCUUAAAGACACCAUAUUUUUUAUGACCCUCUAAUGUUCUUUUGUCUGAUCGUCUCGGUGCAGAUGGAAGCGCGACAUGCACAGAGGAGAACGCGGAUGAGGAGACCGCUGCUUGUCUGUCGCCAGCUUCAACGAAGACCAGCGCUUUUGAUGUUUCUCAGCCAUCAAUCCCCAGACGGACGAGUGACGGGGUGCGGUGCAGAUUAAAGCGCAGUAUCUUCAUCGUCUUGUUUAAAGCGAAGAUUAACCUCUUGUUGCCUUGCGGGCCCGCAGCGAUCCUCCUCCACCAUCUGACGCAGAAGCAUGUGAGAAUUUAAUCCCCCACUAUUCGUGCUUAUUUCCCCGCCGGUUACCAUCAUGUUGAACUACAAUGCUUCCUUCUUUUCACAUCAUGGAAGUGAAAACGCCCAUUCUGCGGCAUCUUUUCACGGGUUCCCUGCUCGCCCGGGAGCUCAUAAAACAUCACAUGUCUUCAGGAAACCUCCACGGAAAUCUCAUUGUCAAUCAUAGUUACGUAUUGUCCACAGUUUGCCUGCUCGUUCUGGCUUUGAAGAACUUAAUCAGCUUUUUGAUGCUACCGAUACCUGGUCCCACGAUAUAAUUGACCAAGUUGCUUGGCUGGAUCGGGAAUGAUCUUUAAUAUGUACCCAUUCAGUUCAGAGCCAAGUCUGUCUGAGGGAUGAAUCGUGACUAAGCAGGUCCAAUCAAGCUCGGCUUUCCCUCUUCUUGAAUCGUUCUUCUGUGCCGAGUUGUCCAGCCUCGCGUAUAGUUUAUCCAUGCAGAGAUGUGUUUGUAGCAGAUGCUCUGCUACAAACACAUCUCUGCAUGUAAUGAAACUCGUAGAGCUCGUCUGCAAUCAAAUAAUUUUGCAUCUGAUGUCAGGGAUAGAAUAUCUGCAAGCCCGGCUAGUUUUAAUCCCUUGCUCUUUGAACUGCAGGGGUGGGUGUUCAUUUUGAGCUUGAUAGGCAUAACUCCACUAGCUGAGCGGUUAGGUUAUGCGACGGAGUAAGCGUUCCAAGCAUAACUCCCUUUUGUGUCUCUCCUCCUUUCCUGUCUACGCCCCCCAAGCUGCGUUCUCUAACUGAUUCCUAUGGAUAUCUGACGUGUUUUUUUCUUGCGGGGGCUGCAGACAGCUGGCAUACUAUACUGGGCCUACAGGUGCGUCUUUCUCUUCCAUCAUCUCAUUCAUGAAAUGAGUGGCCACAGAGCCUCAGAUGAUUCCUGCCAAUGCAUGCUUUGUCCUAUGAAAACCGGAGCGGUUCUUUGACGUUGUUGUUAACUUGGGGUUGUUUCAAUUUCAGUCGGGGGGCUUCUGAAUGCUACAUUUGGAAAUGCGACCGAAAUGAUAAUCUCAAUCUACGCUCUGAAAAAUGGGAUGAUUCGUGUUGUCCAGCAAUCGUUGCUGGGUUCUAUCUUGUCCAACAUGCUCCUAGUUCUCGGGUGUGCUUUUUUAGCUGGCGGGAUCGUCCAUCAUAGAAAAGAUCAAGUCUUUAACAAGGUAGAACGCCCGCUACAUAAAGAUGGCUUGUUUCUCUGCGUAUGUGCAUUCAAUCUUGCAUAAGAGGAAAUCCAUUAGUGAACUGUGGGAAAGACAAAGUUUUUGUUCUUACCUUCGUGAAUGGAAAGCUUAGUAAAAGAGUUACCAUUUUUGACAGGCAGCUGCUGUGGUGAACUCAGGAUUGCUGUUGAUGGCUGUCAUGGGUCUGAUGUUCCCGGCUGUUCUUCACUUUACCGGUUCAGAGGUGGAAUAUGGAAAAUCAGAGAUUGCCCUUUCAAGGUUUAGCAGCUGCAUUAUGCUGGUCGCUUAUGCAAGCUACCUUUUCUUUCAACUGAAGAGUCAUCGCAGUGCCUACAACCCUAUCGAGGAGGUGAGAGAUCCAAUCAUAAAGCCGCUCUAUCAAAUGCUUAAAAGAGUUGGGUGAAUCAUCAAAUUUUCUGGUGUUCAUUUUUGUAUUUUUUGCUUAUAGCUGUGGAACACCAAUAUUCCAGAAAACUGCUCCCGGAACAUCUACAUCUCUGCAGUCAGACUGGUUUAACGUCCAGUUUGACUGAUGUUGGAGGUUCCAUCCGUUUUAUCCAUCGAGUGGGAGGAAUUGGAUGUUUUUAAACUAGAGACUUGUACUCACUCUGGUCAUCUUAUUGCCUAAUAGUCAAGAAACUAUUUAUGGACUUAUAAAACUUGGCUGGUUCAUAAAAUCUGGCAGUGAGUUCCUCUAACAUGAGGCUCCGCUAUCAGACAAUGAAAAACUAUGUUCCCUCAGUUAGAUCCAUGAUGGAAUGUGAUGGGGAACACCACACAGCAGCAAUGUGUGAGUCUAGUCUGACCUUGGAAUUGGCACUUGGGAAUAUUUUCUUUCUUUUGUGAAUUUUGAGCUCCAAGCCGGUAGAUUUGUGAAAGGAAUUCUAUUAUGGUAUUCGUUGGCCUUUUACUCUAGCCUUACCCUUUGUUUGGAUCUUCCUACCAGCAUUUGUCUGGAAUUUGCACUGUUUUUCUCAAAAUAGAGCAUUUUUGCUUCAUCUCUCGCUUGCGUCAAGUUUUAUUCGACUUCAAGGAAAGGAAUGAUAUCGUCUGGCUCUUAUCUGAUGAAGUAUCUGUCGCUGGUGAAUAGGUACAGGAAGAGGGAACCACCAAUGACGACCCCUGUGAAGAUGAGGAGCCAGAGAUAUCACUAUGGGAAGCAAUAGUAUGGCUUGCUAUUUUGACUGUGUGGAUUUCAGUACUAUCCGGAUACCUCGUGGAUGCCAUACAGGUAUUUUUUGUGAGAAUCUCAAUUCAUUUGGUUUAUAUGAAACGCAUAAGCCAGGCUUCUGUUGGCUAUGAAUAUUCUCUUUAUGUGGCUUAAAUUGGGAAGGGGAUGGUUCUGUAUAGGGUCCAGAGUUGGAUAGCAAAAGGCGACGCCCUUUAGAGGAGGCACACAGUUUGAGCUCCACAUCUUUGCUUGGCAUCCUAAGUGGAUUUAUGCUCCGGGAAACGGGGCUAAAGAAAUGCAAGAAUUCUGAUCAUUUGAUGAAGGUUGACCAAUACUAAAUAAAGUGGAAACGUGUUUCAUUAAUUAGAAGGAUAAAAGGGCAUCAGAUAAAGACACCGAUAAAAUGCUAAAUUUUGUAUCUUGAGAUUCUUCCCAAAUGCUAAAUUUAGUUAAUGAUGGUUUUUCUCUUUUUCUGCCAACUUUAGUAAAGCUGAAAUCACCAAGCUGUAGGUGGAUGUGAUCGGACUCCCUCACAGAAACUUUCGUGUUCGACCUAUUCAUUUCAGACUUUAACAAGUACUCUUCUUCGACUCAGUGAUAGGUGGCACGGUUGGCUUUGUCCCUUUAUGUUGUGGGUACACUUUGCUUCCGACAUGAAUGUGCUCGUGGGCUUGUCAGUGAAUCACAUGGAAGUAGAAUUCACCAAAGUCUUGUCAACUGGAGUUUCUUCUGAAUGACAUAAUCUUCCGACUCUUGCUGGUAAACUUGGGUUUAAAAUUUUAUGAGAUCGAAUCUGCAUGGGAAAUGGAUGAGUUGCCCUCCUAAAGACAGAUCGGGCCCGAGAAAAGUAGUAUCACAUGUGAAUCAUGCUGAAUCCAGACUAAAUCGUCUACCUCACGGGAGACCCUCAACCAAAUCGGAUCAAGUCUAACUGGGGUUGUGCUUGAAAAGUAUCGGGGUGUUGUUAGGCUAUGGACUAACCGAAUUGCUCUCGUUUUAACUCUAACUAACUUAAGAGUUACACAGAAGGCAGUCUUGGCAUAUUUUAGUCAUCGGCUGACGGUUAAUAAUCGUUCGUGGCCUUACAUUAUUGAAUUUAGUGCACUAUUUUUAAUUAAAAGUAUCGUGUUCCUCUCAGGGCGCAUCCGAAUCUUUGAAUAUGCCAGUGGCUUUUAUUAGUGUCAUUUUACUUCCUAUUGUUGGAAAUGCUGCUGAACAUGCGAGUGCGGUCAUGUUUGCCGUGAAAAACAAGCUUGUAAGUCGAUGUAGUGCGUUUGUAUUGUGAAUUUCUACUCUCUGAAGGUUUUUGUCUUCUGAUCAUUGUUUGACCUGCUUUCUGCUCAGGACAUCACCUUGGGGGUUGCAAUUGGAUCGUCUACUCAAAUAUCAAUGUUUGUGGUAGGUGUCCCCCCCACUUGCUCUUAAACUGUCUAAUUCAUUCUUUUAAUCGCUGAUAAUCGGUUAUUUGAUUUUUCGUUUCUAUGUGCUGCGUUAAAAUGAAUGGAUCAAUGAUGAUCUACUUAUUUUGCUUGGUGCUUGUAUCCACGUAUAUUGUUUAAGUGGGUCGGAGGCUAUGAAGCUGCUGUAUUGUUUUGUCUUGAUUAGCAAAGGUGUCUAGGAAUGAAUCACAGAUGAUUUAUAAUAUCGAUUCCUUUCCUAAUGUACUAGCAGGAACGAGUAUUCACGUAGAACUGAAGAACGAAGUCGUGGUUGUAUCAUUUAAAGAGACAUUUUUUGGGUUUUUUUUUGUCUUUGCUGCAGAUCCCUUUUUGUGUGGUUAUUGGUUGGAUCAUGGGGAAGGAAAUGGACUUGAAUUUUCAGCUAUUUGAGACAGCUACGCUGUUUUUAACGGUGUUGGUUGUGGCGUUCCUACUCCAGGUUUGUUUCUGAUACUUUCUGCGUCAAGGCACGCCGAGGAGUGUUUCUGGGUUAUUAAUCUCUUUAGUAUUCAUUACAUGGAUUUUUAGCGUUGGAAAAAAAUCGUAUAUUUCGUUCUCUUCGAUGGCUACUUUACUUUAAUUUCAUUUUCCUCUCAAUCCCCGCGGUAUUCGUUUCCCCUCCACGAAUAAUGCAUUCUGAUUACUGGCCUCGAAGCCACGCUCCCCACGGCUUGGGCUUUCACCCCUGAGAUAUCCUUUGGCUUUGGUGUUUUAUGCAGGAGGGCACGGCGAACUAUUUCAAAGGAUUGAUGCUCAUCCUGUCCUAUCUGAUAGUUGCGGCGAGCUUCUUCGUGCACAAGGAUCCCAGCAGUAAGCAGCGAAUCCCUUGACCUCGUCCAGAUUUUGUACCGAUUACCCGGCCUCCGCCCUUUCCUCGCGCCGUAUUUUCUCCGUUCCGGUCGCCGGCAUUCGUCGCGACGCUUUGGCCGGGGUGCCGCUUUAACGAGGAUCAAUCACGUCCUGUGCCGGGGCAAGUUAACUGCUUGUCCUGUACGCACGCUGUGGCGAUGAUGCACUGUAUCCACGUCCAGAUAGUGACCCCGGGGGAGGGAGAGAAGAUCAUGGAGAAGAAGAGCGGUCUCUUUGCAUGGUGGUAUGACCUGGGUGGAACACCUGGCUGACUGAGUACAUGUCUGUCUGUCUGGUUUGCUUGCAGAAGACGACGACUGA